CGUUGGAAUGUGGGUGAUCGAUAAACCAGUUGUAGUGAUACGGUCAUUGGAUAUCAUCAAGCAGAUUUUAAUAAAGGAUAUUACAACUUUUCCCGAUCGAAACAUUACUUAUGAAGAGGAAAACAAUCCUAUAAUGGCUAACAUGUUGUUCUUUUCCAAAAAUCCACAGUGGAGAUAUUUACGACAGAAAAUGUCACGCAUGUUUACGACGUUAAAACUGAAAGACAUGAUUUUCUUAAUGAACAAGAAUGGAGAUGACAUGUUACACCAUAUGCAGGAAGCUACUUGUGAAGUCUACGAUCUCAAAGACGUAUCGAUGAAGUAUACGGUAGAUGCUAUAACCUCUAUAGGUUUUAGUAUUAAUGCUAUGUGUUUUGAAAAAGAUGACUCCAAAUUUAAUUCCGUCGCUGGAGAUUUAUUUUCACCAACUCAAGAAAAUUAUGCACGAUUUAUUAGUCACUUCCUUAUGCCAAGAAUUUCCAACUGGUUACAAGUAACUUUCUUCAAUCUAAAACAUCUAGAGUUCCUAAAAACAGCAGCUUGGGAUAUUAUAAAUAAAAGAAUUAAAUAUUCUGCUAAGGGAAAUGAUUUGAUUAGCAUGUAUAUAGAUUGGAUGAAACUUGAAUCUUCGAAUGGAUAUAAAUUUGAGGGAGAUAGAGUUUCAAGUCAAGCCGUGCAAUUAUUUGUGGCUGGAUUUGAAACAAUAAGUUCAACUAUUGCUUUCACUUUGUACGAGAUAAGUUUCAACCAAACAAUACAAGACAAAUUGCGUGAAGAAAUCCAAUCAAAAUAUUUAUUUGGGACUGAAGUUACAUACGAAUUAAUAAAGGAUUUAACUUAUUUAGAUCAAGUUAUUUCAGAAACUCUGAGAAAAUAUCCGGUUUUACCAUUUUUGGACAGGCGAUGUAAUUCCGAUUUCAAAAUACCAAACAGCGAUUAUGUAAUUGAAAAUGGGAUUUCUGUUUAUAUUUCUAUUUUUGGUUUGCACUACGAUCCGGAAUAUUUUCCGAAUCCUCAUGUAUACGAUCCAGAGCGAUUCUCACCGGAAAACAUCAAAUCCAUCAAUCUUGAUGCCUACAUUCCGUUUGGAAUUGGGCCCAGAAAUUGUGUCGGUAAAAGACUUGGACUGAAUGGGACUAAAAUUUGCUUAAUAAAAUUAUUAAGUGAGUACAAGGUGGAAACGUGUCCGGAGACAGCGAAGAAUAUUGAUUUUCAUCCCAUGAGUUUCACAAUUGCACCAAAAAUUGGAUUAAAAUUGAAAUUUACAAAAGCAGAAGGUGCUGGAAGAAGGAGCGAAAGAGAUGGAGAUGCGGAGGACGACAUACCACUAACACUACCACCACAACCGAUCCGGAUCUCGGAUCUGGGAUCUGCAUCGCAAAUCAAGCAGCUUCUACAUUAA